AUGUUUGACCAUUUCUGUGUUCCAUCUUCUACCAGAGGCAUCAAGAAGUUCAUGAACCCAAAUUGGAUUGGUGUCUGCUGCAAUUUGAAAUGUUGGUGCUAUGCAACCAAGUUUGGGCACCCAACCACCUUCCAGAUUAAUCUCAUCCGGUCGCAGCCGCCGCGCCGCCGUGUCGUGGUACCUCCACAAAAGCCCGUCUUCCUGUCGACGUGCACUUCUCCCAGCCAUUCCGUCACCGACGACGACAUACCGUUGCCGCACCUCCACACACAUCCAUCUGUCUGCCGACGUUCACUUCUCCCAGCCAUUCCUCCGCCGCCGACGACGCCACCUCAACACACGCACCUCUGCCAGGCGUCGUCCACUUACAACAGCCCUUCCGCCGCCUCCGACACCAACGUGCAGCCGCACCUACCGCCGCCAGCCACUUCCGACAAGUCUCGCCGACAGCUCCGCCUGAACCGAGCCAUAGAAAUUCGAGGGCAAUCUCCUAUGUUACCGUCGGUUACUCUCUCCCGGCUUAGUGGUGGGGCCCACUCCUAG